UCCUAAAAAGCACUAUUUUUUCUUGGUGCAUAAUUGAAAACACAACUUAAAAAGCACUAACUUUUCGUUUUGGUCCCAAAGGACAGGGUAACGUGAUUUUCUAGUGUCUAUACCCUUUUUUCUAUUCUAAUUCACAACUUAAUUAAUUAAACACAUAACGGUGAAUUAGUCUUCCACGCCUACCUCACCAACUCUAUCAAACCCAACCCACCGUCAUUUCUUGUAAAAUAUUCAUUGUUCAUAUAAAUGUAACAGCAUCCAUAGCAACCUACUCCAUCGUGAUCUCUAUUCCAUUCUCUUUCAUUAUCCAUCAUUUCCCUUUACACCUACUCUCUUGAUAUCUUAUCUCAAAAGAGUUUCUACUCUAAUUCAUCACCCUCUACCUACACACAUCAAGGUGGACUAAUAUCUAAAACCUUGAUACAUACAUACACAUCUUUGGUGCAACCAACAUAAUCAAAUUCAAAGGCAAUGAAGUUUGGGAAAGAAUACACAUCCCAAAUGGUGCCAGAAUGGCAAGAAGCAUACAUGGAUUACAAUUUUCUGAAAUCCCAUUUGAAAGAAAUACAACGUUUCAGACAAAGAACCAAGCCUCCUACAGCCACUCCAAGAGGCCUAAGAAGAAAGCUAACACUAUAUAGAGCCUUCAGUGGCCUCACACAACAAAAACACUACCAACAACUUAGUCCCUCAGAACAUGACAUAGAGAGCCAACCUAUAAUGGUGCACUCAGUGAACAACCAUGAUGGCUAUGAGAAGUACCAAACUACAUUCCUUAUGACUUCAGAAGAAGGUGGAGAAUACGAGUUGGUGUACUUCAAGAGGCUCGAUGAUGAGUUCAACAAAGUGGGCAAGUUUUAUAGAUCAAAAGUGGAGGAAGUGAUGACGGAAGCUGCAAUACUUAACAAGCAAAUGGAUGCUUUGAUCGCUUUCAGGAUCAAAGUUGAGAACCCAACUGGGUCGUUUGAUCGAUCCAUUGAGAUGACUCGUCUUGCUUCUGAUGUUGCUUCUUCAUCUGCUGUGUUGUCAGCUUCCACACCCAAAGGAGCCAAAUUGAACAGAAAGGUUACCAUGGCCAUGGAAGUGAUUGAAGAGGGUAGUACUCAUCACGAGCAAUCAGAUGAUUCAAAUGAUGAUCAAGAAGAACAUGUGAAACAAACUGUAAAACCAAAAGUUGAGGUACAGAAGCCAAAUAAUGUCAGGGGCACUAGACCAGCUCCUUUGGAAGUACUUGAUCGUGUGCAAUUGAAUCACUCCUUUGAAACUCCACGUUCAACUAUCAAAGGUGUUCUCAAUUUCCCUGGUAAUACAGAACUAAAUUUCAGUAGAAAAAAUUUGAACAAAGUUGAGGAACAACUUCAACGGUCAUUCAUUGAAUUCUACCGCAAGCUUAGGCUUCUAAAAAGCUAUAGCUUCCUGAAUACAUUGGCAUUUUCAAAGAUAAUGAAGAAAUAUGAUAAGAUCACGUCAAGAGAUGCAGCUAAAGCUUAUAUGAAAAUGGUGGACAACUCCCACCUUGGAAGUUCUGAUGAGGUCACAAAGCUCAUGGAUAGAGUUGAGAAAACAUUCACUAAGCACUUCUACAACUCAAAUCGUAAUAAAGCCAUGAAUAUCUUAAGACCAAAGGCAAAGAGAGAAAGACAUAGAGUUACAUUUUCAAUGGGUUUCUUAGCAGGAUGCACAGCGGCUCUUGUGUUAGCCCUAAUUCUAAUCGUUCGUACUCGUAAAAUAUUGGAUGAGUCAGGGAGUACUAAGUACAUGGAUACCUUGUUCCCACUGAACAGUCUAUAUGGAUACAUAGUUCUACACAUGCUGAUGUAUGCAGCAAAUAUUUACUUCUGGAGGCGAUACAGAGUGAACCACUCAUUCAUAUUUGGUUUUAAACAAGGCACUGAGUUGGGCUACAAUCAAGUCCUUCUCCUAGGUUUUGGUCUAGCAGUAUUGGCGCUCGGCGGUGUGCUUGUAAACCUAGACAUGCAGAUUGAUCCACAAACAAAAGAUUACAAAACAUUGACUGAACUUAUUCCACUCAUCUUGCUGCUUGUUGUGAUUGCUAUUUUACUGUGCCCCAUAAACAUCUUUUAUCGCUCAAGCAGGGUUUUCUUGCUCAUAUGCUUGUUUCACUGCAUAUGUGCUCCUCUUUACAAGGUCACACUCCCGGAUUUCUUCAUGGCAGAUCAAUUUACUAGCCAGGUGCAAGCCUUGAGAAGUUUUGAGUUGUACAUUUGCUACUAUGGCUGGGGGGAUUUCAAACAGAGAGAAAACACUUGCAACUCUAGUAGUGUAUUCAUAACUUUUUCAUUCAUCGUUGCCGUCAUUCCCUACUGGUCUCGUUUCCUUCAGUGUCUCAGGCGCCUGUUCGAAGAGAAAGAUCCAAUGCAAGGAUAUAACGGAUUGAAAUAUUUCCUCACAAUUGUUGCUGUUUGCUUUAGGACAGCCUAUAAUCGUAACAAUUCAAUGGCGUGGAUGGUGCUGGCUUGGAUUUUCUCAGUAUUUGCAGCAGUUGCAUCUACAUAUUGGGACCUUGUAAUUGAUUGGGGCCUUUUGCAAAGGCGUUCCAAGAAUCGCUGGUUGAGAGACAAACUUGCAGUCCCUCAUAAAAGUGUAUAUUUCUUAGCCAUGGUCCUUAAUGUCUUGCUGAGAUUCGCUUGGUUGCAGACUGUUUUGAAUUUCAAGUUUAGCUUCUUGCAUAAACAAGCCAUGACUACUAUUGUUGCAUGUCUAGAGAUCAUUCGUCGUGGCAUGUGGAACUUCUUCAGAUUGGAGAAUGAGCACUUGAACAAUGUUGGCAAGUACCGUGCAUUCAAGUCAGUGCCUCUACCCUUCAAUUACGACGAAGAUGAAGAUAAAGAUGAGUGAUGCGAUACUAGGCUACAACAUGGAUUUAUUGUUUGAUUUGAUUUCCUCUUUUUCUUUUCUAAAACACCUUUUUGCUCCUUCUUUUAUUCUUUCCUUCUUCAUAUGUUGAGAAUUCAAGUGUAAAUAUUUUCUUUUUGCUUCAAGCAAUAAAGGAGCAUUACAUGGGUGGCUGCAAAUAUUAUCACGUUGACUUAAAGAUGUUAUGGAGUUCGACUUAUCAUAAUCAACCCAAGUUAUAAAGUAAAUCACCUUAAAGAGCAUCA